AUGAUGCAGGCAGAGCACAAGCCGCUACGUCAGCGCGAGGAUGCGGAACGAGGGGCGCCGUCACCAGGCUUGUAUGGCACCGUCAAGGCGGAGCAGCAAUGGAUGAAGGGCGCCGCCAAGUUUGCCAGGUGGCUUGAGACAUCGGAGGACACGGACCCAGUGAAAUGCUUCACCGUCUGCUGCACCGAUUUCAAGCCCCGCCGAGUCAAAGCGCCGGUGGUGCUGGCGUGGUUGUUGCUGCAAGCGCUGGGGCUCAUCUUCCAGGUCAUCCUGUUCCUGGAGAUUGGCCGGAACCUCGAGAGCUUUGAGGAGACACCCUGGCUGCCAACUGCGACGUCUCAAAGCAGCAGCAUGACAUUUGCCUUGGUCCAGCUUGGAACCUCAGCUACUCAGGGACGCUGUGCUUCCCUCCGAGCCAGGGACAGGCGGACUUCGACUUUGUGA